CAGUAAUACACGUGCGUUGUAAAUAAAUAGUUGAGUAGAUUAAAAAAUAUUAAUUUUAAAAUAAUACAUAUGGACAUAUGACUCUUGUUAUUCAAAUUACGUUUUAUUAAUAUUGUUGAAAAUUUACUGGGGCUCAAGUCAGCAAGACUCAAGACAAUGGCAAAAACAAAGAAUAAGAAAGCAAAUUUGGCUGACACUUAUGCUAAGAAAAGAAAACUCCAAAUGGUUAAAAAGACUUUCUCACCUUUUGAAGUGCAUAUAAAUAGAGAUAAACAGAAAGUACUUGGCAGAAAGAGUAAAGCUGACAGAGGAUUACCUGGUGUCGCAAGGACAAAAGCAAUUUCAAAACGUAAAAAUACUUUACUUAUGGAAUACAAAGUUAGACACAAAGACAAUAUGUUAUUGGACAAACGAAUAGGAGAGAAAAAUAUACAUAUGUCGGAAGAAGAUAAGGCUAUAGCAAGAUUUGCAGCAGAAAGAAUCAAAGGACAUAAGAAGAAAGAUAUUUUUAAUCUCAAUGAUGAUGAAGUAUUGACACACAGAGGUCAAUCUUUGAUAGACAUUGAAAAAUAUGACGAUCCAAGGAGUGAUGAAGAAGAUUAUGAUGGUAAUGAUAAUAAGUCAGGGAAAUUAGACAAAAAAUUUGUUGAAGAUGCUCAUUUUGGUGGUGGACUUCUAUCUAAGCCUGAUUCAGAAAUGUCUAGAAAAGAUCUAAUACAUGAGUUAAUAGUUGAAUCAAAGAAACGUAAAGCCGAGAGGCAAAAAUUAAAAGAGCAGACAGAAGACUUGACAGAAAAGUUGGAUACAGAAUGGCGAGAUUUAUUGCCACUCAUAUCAUCAUCUAACAAAAAAAAUGAGGAAGUAGAUGUAAAAACAAAAGUUGAUGACUACGAUAUUGCUAUGAGACAACUCAAGUUUGAAGCUAGAGGCAAUCCUACUGAUAAGUUAAAAUCAGAGGAAGUGAUUGCCAAGGAAGAAAAAGAGAAGUUAGAGAAAUUAGAACAAGCUCGUUUAACUAGAAUGCAGGGAUUCUCUGAUGAAGCUGACAAAAGCAAUCAUAGAUCAGCUGAUGAUUUAGAUGACUUUCACAUAGAAGAAAUUAAAGAAGCGUCUGACAAUGAGGAAGGAUCUGAAUCUAAUGGAUUAGAUUUGAAAGAUAAUGAAGAAAAUGAAGAUGUUAAAAAAAGUGAGGAUGAAAAAGAUGAAGAUGAAGAGAAUGAUGGUGAGGAAAGCAGUGCUGAUGUAGAAAGUGAUAAUGAAGUAGAGAAUGGAGAAAAACAAAUAAAUGGAAAGUUGGACGAAGAAAAUGCAGACAGUGAAUCAGAAGAUGACUUAUCUGAUUUAAAAGUCUCUGAAUCAGAAAGUGAGGAGGAAACAUUACCAAUAAAACAGAAGACAAAAUCUAUUAGUUCUAAUAAUGUAAAAGAUCAAGAGUCAAAACAAACAAUAGAACAACCAGAAGAUACUGAUAAUAAGCUUAAAGAGUUUUGUGAACCAAAUAAAAUAAAAGAUAUAGAAAUUAAAAGUAUUACAAAUGAAGCAGAUGUUGUAAAAACCAUUUUAAAUAAUGGUCACUAUAGAAUAGUUGAUAAGAACAAAGAAAAUGUACUAAAUUUGUUUUCUUACAUGUUACAAUAUAUAGAUAAACAAGCUUCUAUUAAUAGCUCAGAAGAUGUAGUCAAGUAUUUUGAAAUUUUUGGUAGACUGUGCCCUCAUUUUUAUGAUUUAGCUCAUGUAUAUCCUGUAGAGACUAAAAAAUGUAUGCAUGACACUUUAAAUGAAAAGCACACUAAAUUUGAAGAAAACCAAAAAAUGUAUCCUGAUUUGAAUACACUCAGUCUAUUCAAGUUAGUAUCAAUUUUAUAUCCAACAUCAGAUUUUAGGCAUCCAAUUGUAACGCCAUGUUUAGUUUUUAUGUCUCAAAUUUUAUUGAGAUGUAAAGUUAGAAAGAAAACUGACAUUUCGAAGGGUCUUUUUGUUAGUUCACUUAUUCUUGAGUAUAAUGCAUUAAGUAAAAGAUGGUCUCCAGCCAUAAUUAAUUUUCUGCGAGGUAUCAUUUAUGUAUCAUUACCUAAGUCAUUUUCUAAAGUUAUCAAAGUCAUUCCACCAUUCAAAUCAGUUGGUGGUAUAAGUAAUAUUCUACUUCUUGAAGAAAACCAUAAAAAAUCAGAUAUUGAUCUUGUAAACAUUAAAAUGCAAGCAAAAGAUUUAUUUGAAGAGGAUAUUGACGAUGAAUUUAGAUUGAGGACCUUUGUUACAGCUAUAAAGCUGUUGAGCGAAUUUCAAAAAAAUUGUAGUGAACUUGAGGCAGCAUUUUCCAUUUUCAAACCAAUUUACAAUUUACUUAAGCAUGGUUCUAUCAAACGGUUUCCAAAAAAUAUUCAAGACUUGGUAAAUGUAUUUAUUAGUGAUUUAGAACAACUAAAGGUAAAGAAACUUGAGCCUCUUGCAGCUGCUCAAAAGAAACCAAAAGCUUUGAAACUGUAUGAGCCUCGAAUAGAAGUUGUGUAUGAAGGUAGAAAGCAUCCACGAAUGCCUAAGGAACAAGUUGAGAUAUCAAAGUUGUAUAACAAAAUAAAGAAAGAGAAAAAAAGUGCAAUUCGUGAAAUACGCAGGGAUAAUGCCUUUUUAUCUAAAGUGAAAAUCAAACAGCAGAUUGCAAGUGAUGCUGAACGUAAACGUAAAGUCAAGGAGAUCUUUGGUGAUGCUGCUAUGCAGCAACAUGAACUGAAGAAAUUUAAGAAAAAAUAAAUCAAUUGUUGAUAAUUGUUAAAUAUUCUAUGUAAAACAGAAUUCUGACAAUCGGAAUAUUUUUACAAAUGUUUUUCAAUUAGUUAUGUAAAUAAUAAUAGAAUGUUUUAU